AUGGCAUAUCCUGGUCAAGGACACGGAUCGCACGGAGGAGGGGGGUAUGGUGGAGGGCCAGGAUUUCCGCAGCCCCAAUCGUACGGCGGUGGGGGAUAUGGAGCGCCUCCUCAAGGUUACGGAGCGCCACAGGGUUACGGUCCUCCGCAAGGAUAUGGCGGUGGGGGUGGGGGUGGCUACGCACCUCCUCAAGGUCCGCCACAAGGCGGGUAUGCGCCCCCGCCUCAGCAAGGCUACGGAGCGCCCCAGGGUGGUCCUCCGGGUUAUCAGAACAUGCCUGCUCAUCAACCUCCCCAGGGCAUGCAGCAGGCCGGAGGUGAGUGCAGGGCCAAAAGACUGCGCAUCGCAGGCCUUGCGACUUCUUGAUCUCUUGGGUAGAAAAUGCGGCCACAGGCUAUGUGUGGCACUCUUCCUGAAACGUCUGCUUCAGACUUUGAGCUGAUCACCAUCAUCCACUCUCUUGACCUCAUGUUCCCCGCUCUAGGUCAGCAAUUCCAGUACAGCAGCAUGAGAGGUAAACGCAAAGCGCUACUGAUCGGUAUCAACUAUCGAGGCACUCGAGCCGAGCUGCGUGGAUGUUGGAACGAUGUAGAAAACAUGAAGAGGUUCAUCUCUCAACGAGGCUACCAUUCCGACGACAUGGUAGUCCUGACCGAUGCCUCUUCCGAUCCGCGCUCCAUUCCUACUCGACAGAACAUGACUGCCGCGAUGCACUGGUUGGUGCGCGGCGCAGCGCCCGGAGACGCGCUGUUCUUCCAUUUCAGCGGACAUGGAGGGCAAGCAAAGGCUAGUCAGGGCGAUGAAGCCGAUGGAAUGAACGAGACGAUUUUGCCAUUGGAUUACGAGAGGGCGGGUCAGAUGGAGGAUGAUGAGCUUCAUGCCAUCAUGGUCAGACCUUUACCUGUCGGUUGUCGUCUAACGGCUCUGUUCGACUCUUGCCAUUCGGGAACGGCAUUGGAUCUUCCCUAUGUCUACUCUACCAGCGGCAAUAUCAAGGAGCCCAACGUGGCCAUGGACGUAGGAAAGGGCAUAUUGAAUGCGGGAAUGUCUUAUGCUCGCGGGGAUCUUGGAGGUAUGGUCAAGGGACUCUUUUCCACCUUUAAGGGCGCUUCGGGUAGUAGCGAGGCUGAAGAGAUCACCAAGCAGACCAGGUCUAGCGGGGCAGACGUCAUCAUGCUUUCGGGAUGCAAGGAUGCUCAGACUUCGGCAGACGCCAGCGAAGCCGGUAAAGCUACAGGAGCGAUGAGUUGGGCCUUCAUCAAGGUUUGCACCGAAUACUCUCAACUAUCUUACCUCCAGUGAGUAUUGCCUUUUGACGUAUCUCUUACGAGUCUGACCGAUCAAUGUCUUGCAUCCAUUUCGCCAGGAUGUUGAACGCUACGAGAGACGCUCUGGUGCAGAAAUACUCGCAGAAACCCCAACUUAGCGCUUCUCAUCCUAUGGACCUCAACCUGCUCUUCACCAUUUGA